CUUUAGAUUACAAUAGUUCUUUACGCAUUUUUGUUUCCCUUUUUCCUUCUCGCGUCUGGGCUGUAUACGCUCCUUUUUUAUUCUUAUUGUACACAACAUCGGCUGCGACCGACCACCAAUAAUCAUUAUCACGAACGAUGAACAUUGGCCGCUUUAGCACAUACAGCAACUUGGUCAGGCAUUGGUACCUGCUGUUUCUGUUCAACAUAUUAAUACUUUUAUUGCUACUUGGAUACCGUUGCCGGCCACUGAUAGGCGGCGGCCAGUGGACAGCAGCAAGUGUUGGCGAUCGCUUUGCCAAUGGUGUUGCGAAUGAUCAGAUCCCAAUCGCGGACUACCUGGCUGCAAUCGAGGGCAAUGACGAUUAUGCAAUCGAUGCUGCACUGAUACGACUAUUCCCAACACGAGCAUAUGAAGUUAUACAAGAGCUGGAGGACUACAGAGCACAAUCGUUUCUAUUCAGGCCGUUGUGGACCUGGUGGCAUGCAAGGCAGUCGUGGAAACGGAUCACCAGUGCAACUUUGCCUGCCUUUGCGGGGAAUGAAUCCGUGCCCUGUCCAGCAGAUGAGAUACCGCUGCCACUUUUGCGACGUAUGGUAUCCAACAAUCUCGGCUUGCCUGAUCCAAGAGACGGCCACACGAUCGAUGAGCCCUAUAUUUUUAUCACACAAGCUCAAUCAAGGCUCUGUGUUCGCGCAGUCAUACCAGAGCCAUCAGCUUUCACGACUAUCAGCAGCAACGUAUCCGAAUAUCACUAUUUCUACCAACCUGCAGAUACACAACAAUCGACGCUCAGAUCACCUUGGUGGGACUCGUUCAUGGUUUAUGCAUUCAACAUGGACACAGAUGGGACUAUUCCAGUUCACAUGGAGCCUUGGAAAGGGCAUAAAAAGCUACGUGAUGAGUGGCUCCUGCACUCACCCGACAAACCGCAUUUUAUGCUUGCAGUUGAAGUCAUGAUGCACGAGCGCAAGCUCCUCCAUAUCUACGAAGGCAGCCUAGCGCUCCCCGAUCCAGGCCUUUACAAAUUGGAUGCUCGACUUGAGUACCAAGGAGGGGAGUGGAACUUUGAAAAAGGGCCGAUUGUACCUUACAAUCCAGAUAGCAUGGACGUGUACCCGCAUGGGCUGUUUUCGGUUUCAAACCCCAUGUAUGAUAAAGAAGAACGAGAACAUAUGAAUGAAGAGAAUGAUGGCAAAGAUACCGAGGUCCGACAUAUUGUUGCGCACCACAUGUCAUUGCCUCUUUGCACACGCGCAGAUUUGCCAGGACGCUGGUUACCAUCGUUUGCAUUACCAACGGAUCGAUCAGCCGAGCCGGCAGCGCUCGAUCGGAACGACAAAUUUUGGGCUCCAUACGCAUGUCGACUUCGCCGCAUUAGCUACGAGGAUUUUGGUGCAUGCUUGAAAAAAAAGUUUCCCCGAGGCAUUGACACGUACGGCGACUCGAAUACGCGUCGGUCGAUUAAAAAGAUUAUUACGCACGGACGUUGGUGUGACGACUGGCAUUUGGUAGGUGAUGCAGGAGCAUCAUUUCCUCCGAAGGAACCCUUUCGAGCGCCCCCGGUAGCAACAGUAACGAACACUUCGGAUACGUACGAUGAUCCGCCACUACGAAAUCAAAGCGCCGAUCCACUCAACUGGGAUUAUAUAGGCAGCAUGUCACAACUACGGUCAUGUUACUGCGAGGACUUCAAGGAACCAGGGUGGAACAAAGAAUGGUUUGAUCCAGAGAAGCGAAGUUCGGUGGUAUGGGUUGGCAACAAGACGACAGGCGUUAGAUUACACAGCUACAAGUGGGAUGGAUUGACCUAUCUCAACAACCCUUCGUGGCGCACAGCACUCGAAGCGACCACGCUCGCUGGAACAAUCGGUGAUGCUGCUAUAAUUUCCGUCGGCAACUGGGAUGCAGCCUUUAUGAAGGUCGAACAAUUUGAAAAGCAACUAGAUAUUUUGAUCGAGUUAGUACGUCGACGUUAUAGUAACAAGCUUAUCAUAUAUCGGACACCCCAGUACUACUGUUGUCGCGUUGACCAUUCCGAUCGAAAUCGUCUCGUAAGCGGACCACGUGUACAGCUUUUUGAUCAGCUAGCGAGAGACCGAUUUCUACAAGCGUUUAACAACUUGAUGGUAUGGGAUACAAUGACCAUGGGAGAGUCAAGGACCUGGGAAGAGAAACAACUAAGCAAUGGCUGCGCAUCAAAUCACGUUGCUGCUGAUGUUGUUGAAGUGGAAAACCAACUACUUAUGAAUGCACUUUGUAACGCCAACUAAAAAGAUUGUACAUACCCCACAUUUAACUGUUAUACACGCAAUAAAGAGCAUUAAAAUAUUAAAAAGAG